GAACAUCAGCCAUGACAUUAUCUGUUGUUGACAUCCCACCUUUCUGAUCCCAGUAAAAUCAUUCUUGCCCAGAAAAAUUAUUGGUAAACCUGCUUCCUCUACCUCUACAAUCAAUAUGCAUAACAGAUCAGAGUGAAGGGAAAACAGAUAACAGCUGCAGCUCAGUAGUCCCAGGAUAUCAAUCAAGAAUCAGAUUGAACAAUCUUGAAUUAUUGAUCACUCUGAAGAAAAGAUGCCAAGAAAUCCUUUCUGAAGCCAGUAAAAUCAUUCAUGCCCAGAAAUCCUAGGAUAUCAAUCAAGAAUCAUACUGAACAAUCUUGAAUUCUUGAUCACUCUGAAGAAAAGAUGCCCAGAAAUCCUUUCUGAACCCAGUAAAAUCAUUCAUGCCCAGAAAUCCUAGUAUACCAAUCAAGAAUCAGAUUGAACAAUCUUGAUCUCUCUGCAGAAAAGAUGCCACUGGGCUGCACUGUGGAUGGCAACCUGGAUGAAUCUCGGUACAGCGAGCCGAUGCCAUGGAUUGGAAUCUAUGUGGCAGUAGCAUCUGCAGCCUGUGCUGCAGCCAUGGCUAGUGAUGUCUUCCACGGCUUACGCCACAGGAAAUUCUGGUUCCCUUGCAAAUUCUUCUCCCUCAAUGCCACAACCUUAGCCAUCAUUGCUGUUGCCACCAAAUUGUCUGUUGAUCUCAACAGCUCCAUGCCACGCCACCAGGAUCAGCUAGCGAAACUUAGCAGUGGCGUUUUGAUCUGCACGGUAAUGUCCAACUCUAUGCCUUCUCUAGCAGCCAUGGAAUACAAAGAGCUUAUGAUGAACAUUGUGGCUUUGGGAAUUUUUGUAGUUACUGUCAUAGUAAACAUUGGAAUCCAAUUAGGAACAGGUGUUAUAUACACAUUCUGGAAAGAGCAUGCUGCAGUUAUGUUUAUAAUGGUCAUCUUGUUUCUGCUAUUGAUUUCUUCAGCCCUUACAGUUCCCACAACGAGGUCGUAUUUCGAUCUGAAGUACAGCAAGAAAUUCAAGUUAGCACAGAAAGAGUGUUGCCUCGGGCAUUGCGAGUUUAGGCCCGAGAAACUGAAAGAUAACCUGAUGAAAUAUUGGAUGAUGGCACACACCUGUAGUCCCCAGUUCGUGGCUAGCCGGUUAGUGACCUGCACUGCUUCUGGCGCGUUUUGCCUUCUCAGCACCGUCAUAUGUGCUGAAGCCAUGCUCCGUUCGUACAUGCUGCCCGGGACGUUUGAGUUCUGCAGUGGGGAGUCUGAUUACAAGUGGUCUACCACUUUGAUUCUUGUGGCUCAGACAGUGGCAAUACUGGUAGGCACCAUUGCCCCAGCUUUUAGGUGGUUCAACUCUGUUAAUUUUCGCUGCCCGAAAACAGUUACCAAGGCUUGCCAUUACAAGGUUAAGAUUGAGAACUACUGGAUCAGGAGCCUGGUUCUGUGGAAAGAGUCCCCAUUAGAACUGAGAAAGCGAGGUCGGUUUAUCAGAAAAUUUGCACACAAUGCAAAGGAAAAUCUGUUGGAUUUCUGCAUUUGGAUGCAAAUUGGAAUGGUGUGUCUAAGCAAGCUGGUUAGGCUUGUUUCUCUUUUCUGGGUAAGUUGGUUGCUGAUAGGCCUUAGGAGAUUGAUCAGGUUCUUGAAACGACACACGAACUCUAUAGAAAGCCUUGAUUCAGAGCCUGAAUCACAGUCACAGGCUGGUUCAAAGCCAGAUCUUAGUCGUUACGUUUUGCAUCUCGAAGGGGAGGAAUCACUGCGAGAUUUCAUGAUGGAGAGCAACUUUGAUGUUAGUGACCACUGGAUCAAGAUGGGGAAAAAGAAGCAACACAAGAAUCUCAUCAAACUUCUGCAGAACUGGAGCCCAACAAAAGGGUUCAUGGGAGUGAACCAUUUCGACUAUGACCAUAUCCCUUCACUAGACUCUGAAGUGCCUCCCAACUGCUGGGCUCUCCCUGUUGUGACACUCACCAGCAUUGCCGUUGCCCUCUUGGGAAACGACUCCGGUUUGAGCAAAGACUUGAAAUUGUGUGUAAACGAAGCAGUUUCGUACAUGAGAUUUCUCGAGGAAAGGCUCGAUACAAAUGGAGAUUUGAGUAACCUCAGAAAGGCUGCACAGAUGGUAUGGAGUGGCGUCGAUCUGCACUAUAAAUGGCUGGAUUUGGACCUCCAAAAGAUGGCUCUCCAGGCAGGAGAAGACAGCUCCCCACAAUCUGUUCUCAAAGCCCUCUCUGAGGAAGCAAAGCAGAGAUACUUGGAAUACAAACAGAAAGACGUAACGAUUUGCUUUGCAGAAUCCCCUUCAAAGUGGCCUGCAAAGAUCCUUGCAGCCAACUCCAUGUACAGAAUAUGCCAAGCUCUUCUGCUAACCAACGAAAACGAACAACCUCAGAACAACAAGACCAUGAUGUUCCACAGACUGUCUGACAUGAUAACAGGCAUAGUAGGGGCAUGUCUCACCAACAUCCCGCGAGUUAUAUUCAUGCUAUGCCACCAGGGCAGCAUCAAAGAGAGGGAGACUCGUGUCCGCUUUGCCAUUAUGCUUCUGGGGAAAUCUGGGAAGAUUUUAGAGAUUCUAAACCACAAACCACUCCCAAGUUCGAGUUCAGAGAGAUUGGUGCACAUCGAUGAUUGGCGGGCGUUGAGCAAAGAAAAGGAUAGUCAUCAUCAGGAUUGGAAUUUCUCCCCAGCAGAGGAUGAUAAAGCUCUCACAGGCUCUCCUGACUUUUGUCUAACAGUUGAUUGAGCUUGGGAGAGUGCAGGUUUGUUUGUUCAUCAUAUGUAGUACUCCUAUUUUCAUGUCCCCAAGGAAUUGUUAUAGCUGGAUUCAUAACUUUUGUGCUAAUAUAGGGUGUAUGAUGUAAAAAAAGUAACUUGUAUCAAUCUACUGGAAUAGGAGUGCAACAACAACACUCCCCAUUUUGAAAUACUGUCCUGCCUUCUCAUGAAA